AUUCACAAUUGUCACAUUUCAAAAUUCGAAUUAGAAAAAGAAAAAAAAAACAAAAGAAAAGAAAGGUGAAACAUGGCUCGUACCAAACAAACCGCUCGCAAAUCUACCGGCGGGAAGGCUCCUCGCAAGCAACUCGCUACUAAGGCUGCAAGGAAGUCUGCACCCACAACUGGUGGAGUCAAGAAGCCUCAUCGUUACCGCCCUGGUACUGUGGCUCUCCGUGAGAUUCGUAAAUACCAGAAAAGCACUGAACUUUUGAUCCGCAAGCUGCCUUUCCAACGUCUUGUUCGUGAAAUUGCACAAGACUUCAAGACGGAUUUGAGGUUCCAGAGCCAUGCAGUUCUUGCACUUCAGGAGGCUGCGGAGGCAUACCUUGUUGGUUUAUUUGAAGACACUAAUCUCUGUGCCAUCCAUGCUAAGAGGGUCACUAUUAUGCCUAAGGACAUCCAACUUGCUAGGCGAAUUCGUGGUGAAAGGGCCUAAACAUCAAAUGCUGUUUGUUCAUUUAGGUCACAGUCCAUGUGCUUCUACUUUUGUGUCUGCUGUUCUAUUCAUAUCUGAAUUGACAUAUGCUAGUAGUCUUAGUGAAUGUUGGUAGCUUGUAUAAUUUCACUCUUUUAAGAUGACAGAUAUGUAUUAACACUCUCUACUAAGAUGACAGUUAUGGUAUUAUUAUUAUA